CGGACGGGGCGUGGCCAGCAGCCCCACCUGGGCUUUCAGCCAAAGGCGCGGUGAACCGCCGCGGUCAGCUUUCCAGCUGUCUCCUGGGGGCGGGUCGCUACUGGCCCCGGCCCCGCCCAGAUUUCUCCUUCUUGGGAAGCACCCCCAGAGUCUCCGAGAUUUGGCCCGAGUUGGCUGCUGGCCUCCAAUCGGUCUGGCGGUCUCUAACGGCGAUGGAGGGCGCCCACGAGAACCCCGCAGAGUCUAGCUCCUCCGUCCCCAGCUCCGAAGAGCCUGCCGGCUCGGCCAGGGGCCCCGAGGUGCUGCCUCGGGAGGAGUCGGAGGGCUGCGCCCGUCCCUUGGACGCGGCCCCCAAGAAACUCUGUGGCUAUCUGAGUAAAUUUGGCGGCAAAGGACCCAUCCGGGGCUGGAAAUCCCGCUGGUUCUUCUACGACGAGAAGAAAUGUCACCUGUAUUAUUCGCGGACCGCGCAGGAUGCCAAUCCCUUGGACAGCAUCGACCUCUCCAGUGCGGUCUUUGACUGCAAGGCGGACGCCGAGGAGGGGACUUUUGAAAUCAAGACUCCUAGCCGGGUUAUUACUCUGAAGGCCGCCACCAAGCAAGUGAUGCUGUACUGGCUGCAGCAGCUGCAGAUGAAGCGCUGGGAGUUCCACAGCAGCCUGCCUGCGCCCCCCGCUGCCCCCGCCACCCCGGCUGCCAAUGGGCCCACCUUGCACCUCGAGCCAGAGCAAGAGGAAGCGGAGCUGGAGGAAUUCCUGUGCCCUGUGCAAACGCCCCCGGGGCUUGUGGGUGUGGCGGCUGCCUUGCAGCCCACACCUGCCAUGCCCUUGGCCCUUCAGAACAUUUCCCUCAAGCAUCUUGGAACUGAAAUACAAAACACAAUGUACAAUAUUCGGGGCAAUAGGCAGGCCCAAGGAACAGGCCACGGACCUCCAGGAGAAGAUCCUCCCGGGAGUGCGGAACCUCAGAGGGACGAGCAGCCCUUACCCUCCGACCCAGGCACCCCAGGGAAAGAUCCAGCAGAUUCUCCAAAGCCUACACCCAAAUCCUCUCUGACCGCCAGUCUCAUUCAGAAAGCCAAGCGCCAGAACAACACCUUUCCACUCUUUGCCGAAGGACUCACACGAACCCGAACUGCCCAGGAAAAGGUUCUGGCCUUGGAGCAGCAGGUUCUGAUGCUCACCAAGGAGUUAAAGUCUCAGAAGGAGCUGGUGAGGAUCCUGCACAAGGCGCUAGAGGCUGCCCAGCAGGAGAAGAGGGUGUCCAGUGCGUACCUGGCCGCGGCUGAGGACAAGGACCGGCUGGAGCUGGUGCGGCACAAGGUGCGGCAGAUCGCGGAGCUGGGCAGGCGGGUAGAGGCCCUGGAGCAGGAGCGGGAGAGCUUGGUGCACGCGGCUGGCCUGCGGGAGCAGCAGCUGCAGGAGCUGCAGCGGCACGUGCAGCUGCUCACGGAGAAGAACCAGGCCAAACAGCAGGUCAUCUGCAAGCUCUCGGAGCAGGUCACCCAGGACUUCAUGCAGCCCCCUUCCCAGACACCUGUGCCCCCAGGGGCGGCCGACAGGGACUUCCUGAGCCAGCAGGAGAAGAUGGAGCACCUGAAGGAUGACAUGGAAGCUUAUCGGACCCAGAACCGCUUCCUCAACUCCGAGAUCCACCAGGUCACAAAGAUCUGGAGACGAGUGGCUGAAAAGGAGAAGGCCCUCCUGAUGAAGUGUGCCUACCUUCAAGCCAAGAACUGCCAGGUGGAGAGCAAGUACCUGGCCGGGCUACGGAGGCUGCAGGAGGCCGCGGGGGGCGAGUGCGCCGAGCUGCUCAGGCAGCUCAUCCAGGAGGCGCUGCAGUGCGAAGCCAGGGAGGCCUCCGCCGAAGGCGUGGAGCUGAGCCCCGUCAGUGAGUAUGAUGAGUAUGGCUUCCUGACGGUGCCCAACUACGAGAUGGAAGACCUGAAGCUGCUGGCCAAGAUCCAGGCGCUGGAGGUGCACUCCCACUACCUGCUGGCCCAUGAGGCCGUGGAGCGGCCGCUGCGGGAGCGCUGGGCUGCCCUGGGUGAUCUUGCGCCCUCGGCCGAGCUCAAGCAGCUGCUGCGAGCAGGUGUGCCCCGAGAGCACCGGCCGCGUGUCUGGAAGUGGCUGGUCCACCUCCGCGUCCGGCAUCUGCAGAGCCCCGGCCGCUACCAGGCGCUACUGAGCCAGGGCCAGGUCCACAAGCACCCUGCCGCCCGCCAGAUCGAGCUGGACCUGAACCGGACCUUCCCCAACAACAAGCACUUCACCUGUCCCACCUCCAGCUUCCCCGACAAGCUACGCCGGGUGCUGCUGGCCUUCUCCUGGCAGAACCCCACCAUCGGCUACUGCCAGGGCCUAAACAGACUGGCGGCCAUUGCUCUGCUCGUCCUGGAGGAGGAGGAGAGUGCCUUCUGGUGUCUGGUGGCCAUUGUGGAGACCAUCAUGCCGGCUGAUUACUACAGCAAGACACUGACGUCAUCCCAGGUGGACCAGCGGGUGCUCCAGGACCUCCUCUUGGAGAAGCUGCCCAGGCUGAUGGCUCACCUGGGGCAGCACCGCGUGGAUCUCUCCUUCCUCACCUUCAACUGGUUCCUCGUGGUCUUUGCAGACAGUCUCAUCAGCAACAUCCUUCUCCGGGUCUGGGACGCCUUCCUAUAUGAGGGCACCAAGGUGAUAUUCCGCUAUGCCUUGGCCAUUUUCAAGUACAAUGAGGAGGAGAUCCUGAGACUGCAAGAUGCCCUGGAGAUCUACCAGUACCUGCGCUUCUUCACCAAGACCAUUUGCAACAGCCAGAAGCUGAUGCACAUCGCCUUCAACGACAUGAACCCUUUCCCUAUGAAGCAGCUGCGGCAGCUGCGGACGGCCCACCGGGAGCGGCUGGAGGCUGAGCUGCGAGAGCUGGAACAGCUGAAGGCCGAGUACUUGGAGACACGGAAUUCCCAAGGCCCAGCGGUGCCAGAGGGUUGCACCAGUGAGGACGAGGGGGAGGGGGAGGGGGAGGCCUGACUUGGCCACCUGCCCUUUCCAAAGCCCUUUCUCCCCUUUGGCUGUCAGGCCCCAAGGAGAAUGGCCAUGGAACAGGGGUCUGGCCCAUGAGCCCCAGCACUAUGUGACACUGGGCAAGUCCCUUCCCCUCUCUCGGCCUCAGUCUCCUCAUCAGAACAUUGUCUGCUGUGAAGCCAUUGGUUGGGACUCAUGAGCACAUACCCAGGGACGCCACCCCUUUCUCUCUUCUUCCACAGAGCACUUUAGCACACAGACAAGCAAGAAUGCUGUCUUAUAGGGUAACCUGAACAUUCUCUAAGUUUUAUCUAUAUAAAACAAUGCAAAAGUUGGAAAUAGUUGACAAGCUUUGGAAUUUGAAUGAUUCCUAGUCACCAGCCCCUCCUGGGUAGGCCCAGGGCCCCAGGGUGUCCCAUCACUAGGGCCUUCCCAGCCUGGGACAUCCCUGGGUUCUGUUUCUGUGGGUGUCUCUGCAGGGCCCGCCCCCUCCUGGUUUCCUGAGGAGCAAGGGCCCUGUGCAUUUCAGGGGUGUCCUCCUGGGCCACCUCUCCAGUGCUGGUUCUGCUUGUGUCCCAGGCCCAGCUCCCGUCCACUGAAGCCCGUUUCCUGAGCCUUGCACCUAUGCACUCCUUUCCAUUCACAGCCCAUUUUGGGAAGAGGGGUUCUGAGGGAAAAACUCCUGCCCACACCAAGAGGAACUUGGUGUGGGGGUUGGGUAGAGAACCCUGGGUCAGGUGCCAGACGCCUGAUCUCCCUCUGCCAGCUUCACGGGCCCAGCAAGAAGAGUCCCCUCCUCUCCGAAAAGUGAGUGGCUUGAGGGUGAGGAAAAGGUGGUGAUAGGGACAGAGCUACAGCCUGUCGCCAAGUCUGGACCGGCUCUUUUGGCACCCACUGUGUGCAGGAACUCGGUUUCAGUUCUUCUGGGCUCUUCUGGAUCCUUCCUCAGCAGUCGGAGGCCUCCCCGUUCCCCUCAAGGCAGGGGUCAAGGCUGCACAAGUGAUUUUGGCUGCUCAUUUCUCAGCGAACCCUUGGCUGAGGGUUGUCUUGUCUUCGGCAGGAAGGACUAGGGCUGGGGGAUUCUGGCAUGGGAACUUCCAGUUCUGAUCUGAGGUUCCUGUCCAGGGCUGGGAAGGAGACCACACCUAUUACUUGGGACUUUGAGGUGUUGGCGCACCAGACACCCAGUUCCCUGACACCGUGCCCCCACAGAGCUCGGGGGAAGAGACGUUCAGAGUUCUCUCCUCCCACAUGAUCGAGGCUGCUGGCUGGCCCCAGGGCCCCGGCUUUGCCGUGAGCACUCCACCUAGGGUCUUAACAGCCUUCUUCAUUUUUCCUAAACUUUUACAUCUGCUGAGAUCCUUUUACCGCCAAAUGGCAUCUUGUGAAGUGUGAAGGCAGCCUGCGGGGGUCCUAGCUGCAUCCCUAACAGGCUGGGUGCUGUACCCCUAAGGGCAUCGCUGAGGAGACAAGGCCAGCCUUCCAGAGCUCCCAGGUGGUGGAAGGACACAACACUGGUGCCUGGCACAGAGUAAAGCACCACCACCAGCAGGGAGAAACGUCACCCAGACAGCUUUGAAAAGACCCAAGGCUCCAGGAAAGAUGACCUUCAGGUUCUUCUGGUCCAGACUUGAAAUUCAAAUUCCCUCCUCAACAAAAAAUAACCCCAGAUCAGACAGGGCCUGUCAGAUAAAUGACACCCCCCUCUCCCCUUCCUAUCUCUCCCCUGCUU